AUGAUGCUUGAGGCAACUGAUAUUGAUUAUAUAAAAGUAUCGGAUAUUAAUUACAUCAAAAGUGAAAUUACAUCUUCAUCAACAUCAAAUACUUGGUCAAUCAUUGAUAUUAUUGCCGAAGAUAUUGAACCUAUUAAUUCGUCAAAUAAACAAGACUUUAAUACAACUCCCGAAUCUUCCAAUACUUUAACAGACAAUAUUGAUGAUGACAUGAUCCUUCAAGUAGAUCAUAUCGAUUUAGACGAGCAAGCUGAAGAAAGUGAAAAACAAACGGAGCAUGAAGAAAAUAUAAAUUCACAAGAUGAUAGUGAGGAUCAAGAAGAAAACUUUCAACCUAAAAAAAGAAAAAAAA